CCUGCGCAGUCCUCCGACAGCAGCGCCACUGGCUGCAGGGAUAUCCCGAUGAGAGGGAAGGCUGCUCGGGGUGAAUGAUUCAAAUAACUUGCCUGAUAUCCGUCAUGAGGUGAAGCGUAUAGCGAAUCAACCAUCACUCACAGACAACAGACUCAGAUGUUGCUGCCAUGUGCCACACUCCCGCCCGAAGCAGACGAAAAACCCAGCCCAAAGACCGUUUGGCCGCUUUCUCUCCUCUGAUCCAAGACACGUUCAGUGCCUCUCCUCGAAGGCUCUCAGAGCUUCACCACCCCAGUGUGUCCACUCAUUCCCCGCCUUCAUCCAGCAGCAACCUUCUCAUCCUCUCCCAGGACUGGCUGUACUGGCAGUAAGGUUCAUUCACAAAUGUCUACCUCACGAUUAAAAGAGCCCUCUCAAACACAUCGACCCUGAACAGGACACAAAAUGACCUCCAGCAUUGACAGGGAUGAUAGCAGUAUUUUUGAUGGGUUAAUGGAAGAAGAUGAAAAGGACAAAGCAAAACGUGUGUCCCGUAACAAGUCCGAGAAGAAACGUAGAGACCAGUUCAAUGUCCUCAUCAAGGAGCUGGGUACAAUGUUGCCGGGUAACACCCGGAAGAUGGACAAGUCCACUAUUUUGCAGAAGAGCAUUGACUUUCUGCACAAACACAAGGAAAUCGCUGCUCAGUCAGAGUCAACUGAGAUCAGACAAGACUGGAAGCCUCCUUUUCUUAGUAAUGAAGAGUUCACUCAGCUGAUGUUAGAGGGAUUGGAUGGAUUUUUCCUUGCAAUUAUGACUGAUGGGAAUAUAAUCUAUGUCUCUGAGAGUGUGACAUCUCUACUAGAACAUUUACCUUCUGAUCUUGUUGAUCAGAACCUGUUGAACUUCUUGCCCAUGGGGGAGCAUUCAGAUGUGUACAAGGCCCUGUCCUCUCACAUCAUGGAGGGAGAGACGCCGACACCUGAGUAUCUGAAGACAAAAAAUCAGCUAGACUUCUGUUGCCACAUGCUCCGAGGGACUAUCGACCCUAAAGAGCCCCCUGUGUAUGAAUACGUCAAGUUCAUUGGAAACUUCAAGUCCCUGAAUAAUGUGCCUAACUGUACUCGAAACGGUUUUGAAGGAGUGAUCCAGCGAUCACUUCACUCUGCCUUUGAAGACAGAGUCUGUCUCAUUGCAACUGUGAGACUCGCCAAGCCACAGUUUAUCAAGGAGAUGUGCACUGUAGAUGAGCCUAAUGAGGAAUUCACCUCCAGACAUAGUUUAGAGUGGAAAUUUCUCUUCUUGGAUCACAGAGCUCCACCCAUCAUAGGUUACCUCCCGUUUGAGGUCCUGGGUACAUCAGGGUAUGACUACUACCACGUAGAUGACCUGGAGACACUGGCCAAAUGCCAUGAACACUUAAUGCAAUACGGCAAAGGAAAGUCCUGCUACUACAGAUUCCUCACAAAAGGGCAGCAGUGGAUUUGGCUUCAGACUCACUCCUACAUCACCUACCACCAGUGGAACUCCAGACCAGAGUUUAUUGUCUGCACACACACUGUUGUAAGUUAUGCUGAAGUAAGAGCAGAACAGCGCAGAGAACUUGGAAUUGAAGAAUCUCCACCUGAGUUUACAGCAGAUAAGCAGUCCCAGGUUUCAGGCUCCGAGUCCCAGCUCAACACCAGUCUGAAGGAGGUUUUGGAGCGGUUCGACCACAGCCGGACGCCCUCCCCUUCAUCUCCCAGCUCACGCAAAUCAUCACACACUGCUGUGUCUGAGCCAGUCUCAUCACAGAUGAAGCUGCAGGGAGAUAGAAGUACAACAGGUCGCCAAUCUGUUUCUGCCAUGGAGAUGACGUCACCACGAAGAUCGUCUAUCAGCAGUCAGCAUUCGAUGAGCUCCCAAAAUACCGGACAGAACGUGACUCCAUCCAUGGUUCCUCAACAACAGCUGCAGCAGCAACAGCAGCAACCACAGCAGCAACAACAGCAGCAGCAUCUGCAGCAGCAGCAUCUACAACAGCCACAGCAGCCUCAACAGCAACAAGUUCAGAACAAUGUACAAUCGAUAGUGCAGUUCUCCAGCCAGUUAGAAACCAUGCAUCACCUGAAAGAGCAGUUGGAGCAGAGGACCAGGAUGAUUGAGUCCAACAUCCAGCGGCAGCAGGAUGAGCUGCGGGAGAUUCAGGUGGAGCUGCAGAGGGUGCAGGGACAUAACCUGCAGAUGUUCUUGCAGAAAGGAGCUGGAGGACUGAGUCUUGGCUCUGUUCAGAUGGCCCAGGGGAACACUUUGCAGCAGGGGGGGAUGCUCAGCAUGCAGGGCCAAGUGGUCUCUGCUGGGCCUUUACAGAACAACAUAAAGCAACUACAUGCUGUCCAGCCCCAGUCCCAGCAACAAACACUCCUGCAGGAACAGAGCUUAGCACUCUCCCAGUCUCAGCGGUCGUCUCUCACCCUGCAGCCUCAACAGAAUCCACUGCCUAUGUCUCUCUACAACACAAUGAUGAUCCCUCAACACAGUCCUGCUAAUGUAGUCCAGAUUGCCACCAGCCUGGCACAAAACACUGGACCCAACACUCCCACUGUGGCAACAUUUGCACAGGACCGUGCUGCUCAGAUAAGGUUCCCUGCUGCUCCCCAGCUGCUCACCAAGCUAGUGACAGGACAGAUGGCAUGUGGGGCAGUCAUGGUCCCUACAACCAUGUUUAUGGGCCAAGUGGUGACAGCCUUCGCCCCUCAGCAGGGCCAGACGCAGACCAUCAGCAUCUCCCAGCAGCCUCCAACACAGCAGCAGCAACUACCGCAGCAGCAGGAACAGCUGCAGUCACAGGUCACAGCCAUGCAGCCUGUGCAGGCUCCACUGGCCCAGCAGCAAACACAGUUCCUACAGGCUUCUCGACUUCUUCAUGGAAACCAGUCCACCCAGUUGAUCCUGCAGGCUGCGUUCCCUCUGCAGCAGCAGGGUACCUUUGCUGCCGCAACCCAGCAGCAGCAGCAACAGUUACAGCAGCAGCAACAAUUACAACAUCAACAACAGCAACAGCAGAAGCAGUUACAACAGCAGAAACAGCAACUGGCUCGUCACAGAGCAGAUAGUUUGUCUGAGCGCUCCACUACGCAGCCACAGUAGCUGGAUGCAGCCAAUCAGAAGUGGAUUGGGCCAAACCGAGGUGGGGGUGUCUUUGUGAUGGCAGUCUCAAGACGGGUUCUGCUGAAAGUGCAGCCCUGAGACCAGGCCUCAUUUGUAAGUGACUGGGUGGGCAGGCUGAGGCUUCCCUCCCUCACAAGGAGUUUUCGCUGUUUGCACUGAUCUCCUGAGCCCAAAGUGCUGCCGAGAAGAGAACUCAGGACCGUGCUAGCUGCGGCUCUGGCAGUUUGCUUUGUCUCUGGUUUGAAGCCUUUUCUCCAUGAAAACGGGGAGCCAUGUUUCCCUGUAAUGGACUCCCUGUCCCCCGUCCCCUCCCCCAGCCCUCUUGUUGUGUGUUUAUUGCGCGUGUGUAUGUGAGUGUGUGUUUGCAGGAGCUUGUGUGUGCGUGCACUCUAGUCACCCUCACAGGAUUAUUUUAUGCAGAGCUCACCAGUUAAUGCAGUGAAGCUUCAAUCAGAGCUUCAAGGACGUCCUUCUAAACGGCCCAUGGCUAGUUUGUUUUGGAUGUUUUCUCCUAUUCUUGUUCUUCGUGUAAAAAUAAUUAUGGGUCAGAAAAUAUUUUUAAGAAUGUGUUGUAGAUUGAACUUUUACUGUACAGAACAUCAUGUGUAAUAUAUACUGUAAAUAUAUUGAAAAAGAAAGAACUAAUAUUUUAUAUGAUGCAUGAAAUGAAAUGCAUAGUCUGUUAUUUGCAGCUUUGAAUAUGCUUCUUUUCUAGUCUUCUCAGAAAAAAGAUCUUAAAAUGCUCUGUGGCUGAUAUUUUCACAGGCUUCCUUUCUCCUAGGGGACGAUUGUUUGUGAGUCUGCAUAGCAGACAGUGUCGAUGCUGCUUGUUGUGUCACAGUUUGUUUAAUCCUUGACCCAUAUUUUCACGCAAUUUCAUAAAACUGUCAAAAAUGAUAUACGUUUCAAAAUUCAGCUUUAAACACACAUUGUGAAUGAAGAAAAUGCUACCAAGGCUACUAAACAUUCAACAGUAAGAUUGCCAACCUAAUCCUUCUUAUAUCACUAUCUAUUCAAUUUUAGCACUUUGGCCGUCCAAAAUUCCUGUUUGGUGUCUGAAGACACUUAAUAUCUAAUCUAUAAACAUUUAUCCCUUAAAAUAAACUACAGGAUUUGCAGUCAGUCCUGUUAACCCUUUGCUAAUAUGCUCAAACUAAGAGUUAUAUGAUUUGUGCCAGCGUAGGGUUAAUCAAAUGAUUUCCCAUCAGCACGCUGAUCAUCUAUCCAUUCUUUUUUAGCAAUUUACCUGUGGCAGCUGUGAGAUGGCCCCAAAUUACCUAACUAGCUCAAAUACUGUCAAUCUGUUGUGUUUGGAUGCCAAUGUAGGUUUGCAAAGCCAGGAGCAGCACUUGAAAACAGACACUCUAUUCGGCCAUUGUUGAUGUUAUGCUUAAGGUCUUCCCAGCAAGUGUUGCUGGGAAAUUAGAGACGUAGACAGAGAAGUAAUAAUGUGGUUCUAGGCUGAUUCCAGCCAAUGGAAAAGCCAACUGGUUCUUAAAAGGUUUGCAAGUCGAACCAGCUCCGAACCAGCACCAGCCCAGCAUUAGCACUCCGUUCAAUUUGCAGGAAAGUCUUUUUGGAGAAACAGGAGCUGGACACAGUAGUCCAGUCUGAGCUCCAUGCAUGUUAAUAAAGAGAGAGAGGCCGAUCACCCUGCAGGGUUCUCAUAACGUUUUGAGUUGGUAUAGCUAAUGUACUAGUCAGCAGUUGUCACUUAAAACAUCCAGUAAACACAAAGCAACGUUAGUUCUAUUUCUGAUGAUUGUAAAUCAACCAUUCAGUCCCUUUCAGUCUUUGGUCUCCCCUGAGCCCUGAGGGAAAUAUUGGACUGUGUAGCUGCUAAAUGCUCCACACUGUUCACCAGCUAGUCGCUAAGUCGGAGCAGCAGUCGUCUGGGGCGGCCUAAAGCGGCACAUUUAGAACAGGGAGCAUAACUUUGAGCUUGAAUGGUUUGUUUUUCAUGUCAUGAAAAAGAUACUUCAUUAUAGACAAUUUUAUGUCUUACUGGCUCAUUUGAUGACAACUUGACCUAGGUACACAGUGCUAGCACACACACACACACACACACACACACACACACACACACACACACACACACACACACACACACACACACACACACACACACACACACACACAGACACACACAGAGACAAGCCUCCUUCCCAUCUGAUCUAAUUCACCACCAGAUGGUAUCAAGCUGUCAGCUCAGCCCAUUCUUCAUCUGUGUGUGAAGUGACAGGCUGAGCUCGACACACGGCCACAAGUCUGGUGACAAACAUCCAAUGUACAUUUUUUGAGCUUUGAACCGAGGUAUCUGGUGAUACCACGAGCACUUUGUCUGUUCACCUCUGUGUGUUUGGCUGUUGUGUUCUUGUGUGGGAAAUUCCUGUUUGACAUAGAUGUUCCCAAUAAUUCUUCCACUGUUUGGUUUGAGCCUGGCUUUGAGUACUGGUGGAAAAAUGCUAAUACUAACCCUCAUUUGUGGCUAACUGCUUGGGGAUACAGCCUUUGACCCAACAGUUGGACCGCACACACACACACACACAGACCUAAUAGGUUAACAUUAAUGUUAAAUGUUACAGCAAAUGCUUAACUGCCAUAGGCUCUGAGGCCCAGCUAUGAUUGAACAUUUGAAAAUGCAGAAUGUUGAUUUUGACAAGACCUAUUGCCCACAAUUCACACUUCGGCAUUUUGAAUCCUUUGUUCAACCCCAAAGUUAACAUAGUCCGUCCUAAAUGUUGAGUGAUUGGGGCGGUCCCUAAAUCUCUCCUGCAGUGUAUUUAAACUGAUGGAUUCUCAUUUCAGAAAAUGUUUGGCUUGGAUCACGUCAGUAGCUGACACGUUGGCUAAAGUAGUCCUUUCAUAUUUACCUGGGUAUUUUUAUAAUACAUGUAGAGUGUGUGGUUUUGUCUCCUGUUGGCUUUCACAAACAAACACCAGCGCUGUGUCAUGAGUAUGAACACUAGUAUAAUCAGUCAUAAAGUCAUUGAUUUUUCAAAUUGCAUGUAAGACCUCUAAGGGACUGUAUGAAAAAGUAUCGACAGUGGGGCCUGAACCUGAUGUUUCAUAGAAGUGACUCUUAAGGAGUAGAAUGACCUGAUGGUGAAGUGAUGAAGAACAAAUGCAACAUUUAGCAGAUUUCCAGCUGCUCUGUUUUGAACCAAGAGCCUCCAAAAGAACAGUUAGCAGCAGUGACAGUGAACAGCGACACACGUCAUAUUUCCACUUCACUCACAAGUAGCAUCACAAUAGUUGAUAACAUUAUAACUGACAAUAAGGUGACGCUGAUGAAAACUGUCUUUCUUGAGAUGAUGUUCAGUCCCCACUGAGAACAACAGUGCAUGUCACUGUUGUUUCAUACAGUCCCUAACGCCAGCUGUCUCCACUGUAGUUGGACCUUGUGGUCUGCACCAUCUUCACAGCGCUGCUCCAUCCUUCGCUCAUCAUUGGUUGGGCUGCAGCUCAUUUCAGUUUCUAAAUAAAACACAUUAGUUCCCUGCUAAACACAAUUUCACAAAGCUGCACAGGGGACCCAGAUCCUUUGGAGUGAGAUUCACGAGGUGCAAUAAACCUGCGAGAAUGUAAUUCAAUGUCAUUAACAUGUGUGUUGCAUGAGGAGGUGUGUGGCUGCGAGAGCCUUUGCACAAUGUAUGAUAGGACUGUUAAUAAGAGAAGUCAAUUAUUUAGCCUUUAAAUGUGCAAACCUAAAAUGAAACCUACGUAUAAAGUUCCGAACCAAGAGUUUAACAAGAGAGAAGGAUCUAAGCCAACUGUGACAUACAUAUAAAGACUGUUGAACCUUUUCCCCAGAAAGAGCUGGUUACAUGUGGUUAUACGAGGAUGAGCCCGACCGAUGUGGACUUAUGGAGACUGCCACAGAUAUUCAGUCAAAUAAUCUGAUCAUGAUAUAUUGGCUGAUAUACAUAUAUUUAUUUAUUUUGAAUGAAGACCUAUGGUAUAUGAAAUCCUAAUGACAAAGAAAUGUUAUUGAGGCUUGAUAUUUUACAGUUAAACUAUAAACUCUACUAUAAAUAAAAAAGUGUAUACAAAAACUUUUUUUUAACAUCACAUUUAAUCAUAAAACAAUGUGAAAAUUAUUCAUAUCAGCCAACACCUGCAAAUGCCAAUAUGUCUGUGAAAGACUCAUUUCUGCAGACCAGAACAUCGGUCGGGGCUCUAAGACGAAGACUGUUAAGUUUAAAGGUAUUUUCUCUUUUCAUGAUCAUGUUCAGUCUUGUUUUGGAAUACAGGUGCAAACUGCCACAGUUUAAAAGACAAAGCAAUGCUUUAUUAAAGUUACCAGUCAGUGGUUCCCAGUCAUAGAAACAUGAGGGGAAAUGUUUUGUUAUCCAAAGAGCGGGGCACGGCAGAGGAUGAGCCCUACACGAUAGGACAUGGUGAAUUCUGUUCAAUGUUUUGUAGUUCUGAUGUUCACACUAGAAGCUCUUGUGUCUCAGUUUUUUCUCUCUGCUUUCACGUCAUAUUUGUGUAGCGUUUUGGUUUGGCUCAGGGAAUGUACUGCUGCAGUCCACUCAGCAACAACAAUCUCCUGACGUUUUCUAAAAGGUUAAUGCGCUCUGAAUCCUGCAGGUUUGUGUCUCAGCAGCAGUUUGGCCUGUGACAUCACUGACUAGUUUGCGUCCAGAAGGGAAACAGGAUUCAUGGUUUCAGCUCAGAUGAAGCAGCGAGUUACCAAUGGCUUUAUUAACUUUGAUCAGUAAACAACUACUACAUGCAGCCUUCAACUACUGAGACCAUGUUACAUGACAGGAAUAUGAGUCGAUCUGGUCAAAAAUAAUUUUAUUAACCUCUAAUAGUAUCACUGCCAGAAAUGCUGCAUUAAACCACUUUAUUGAUACAUAAGCUAAAAUAUGAAUUUACAUUAUUUAAUGUUUGAAUUUGUAUGUAUAUAUCAGUGGUUACCAACAUUCUGACUACAUCAUUUCCAAAUUGACAAUCAUAAUUAUUUACAUUUAUUACUCUGACACUGAUUAUUAUUUUGGUUGAUUAAAUAGCAGAGAUAAAUUUAGGAUAUAAAUACAUCAUUUUUUCCCUAAAACUGAAGUUAAUGUCUGGUUUUAUUUAACUAGCUGUCCUAAAAGUGAAUUUAUUGUGAUGUAAAGAAAAUCUCUGGGAAUAUAGGUUGACUGAUGAGCAGCUAUAAUUGUAUUUUGGAGUAAUCAUUCAUAAUUACAGCUCUAAUCUAUAAAACUUUAAUAAAGCUGUAUGUUACUUUAAUUCCUCAAUCUUAUUAUAAAGUGGUUUCAACACUUUGUUAUAGGUCUCUCUACAGUUUAUAGACAUUUCAGUGUAUGCUGUACCUCUAUUAAUAUGGAUUAAAGCAUUCAUAAGUGUUUAUUAAUAUACUUUUGAACAACAAUGCCUACUACGACACCAGUGACUGGUUAAUGUUUAAGUGGAACAAGAGUUGUAAUAAUAUAAAAUAUAUAUUUACGAGAGAAGGAAUCAUUGCUGACAAAGCUCGUAAAUUAUGUAAAAUGUCCUCCUGGCACAAUUGACUUACAGCAUGUGUUAUACUGUUGUUUGCAUAGCACUUACAAAGUGCUUCAUAAAAAUCCAUGGCAAAAAAUUAACUAAGAUAAAAGGUAUUAAAUUCACUUCAAUUUUAACCGCUAAAAUCAUGAAAUAAGACCAAGACCUUGGAAUUUAGAGAAAAAAAAUAUAUAGACCCUUUCUUUUUACAGCGAUUAUAAAAAAAACUUUUAUUGUAAACAUUGUAACCCCAAAACUAUUUUUCCAGAUCAACUACUGCCACCUUCUGUUCAGUUUGGGGUUAGACAUCAAAUAACCUGACAGUGUAUUUGUAACCCUCCAGAUUUUGGUCUGCCUGUGUCCUGCUCUGCAUUUAUUUCUUGAGCCAAACUUUUCAGAAAUUCAACACAACCUUCUGAAGCAAAUGUAUCAACCGUUUGCUCCCCUUCAAUCUGAAAUAAAUUCCUAUGAAAUGUC